CGAUAUCAAUAUUAGACAGCCCACAAGACCUACCACUGGCUACUGUGAGCGGGCCCACCAGGAACAAGCUCAAGAGUCAAGAUUCAAGACAGGAGUGACUGCACCUGGCUGCCCUCAUUAUGGCGGAACCGUCAACGAGUCGACAAAAAGUGGUGAUUGUGGGUGCUGGGCCGGUGGGGUCGCUGGCGGCUCUCUACGCCGCCGCCAGAGGCGACGAUGUCGAAGUGUACGAGUUACGCGGAGACCUGCGUGAUCCCAACACCAUCCCACUGAACUUCACCAAGUCCAUCAACCUCGCCCUCUCCGAACGUGGCAUCACAGCCAUGCGGCACUCCAACCGAGAGGAUCUCAUCAACCGAGUCCUCGCGGAUGCAAUUCCCAUGCACGGUCGUAUGAUUCACGGUCGAGACGACGGCAAGCUCUGGGAAGUGGCGCAAGCCUACGAUGUCCACGGCCGGGCCAUCAAUGCUGUCGACCGAGGUACUCUCAACAACGCCCUCCUCGACGAGCUAGAAAAGACGCCCAAUGUCAAACUAAUCUUCAACCACAAGCUAACCGGUGCCGACUUCCAAUCCAACAAGGCAUGGUUCGAGCGCCGCAUCCCAGGAGACUCAUCCGACGCCGUCACCGAGGUCGAAAUCACCUUCGACUACCUCAUCGGAGCAGACGGCGCCCACUCAGCCACCCGGUACCACAUGAUGAAGUUUGCCCGAGUCGACUACCAACAGGAAUACAUCGACACUCUCUGGUGCGAGUUCCGGAUCCCCCCUUCCCCGGCCGGCGAGUUCCUCAUCUCCCCCAAUCACCUUCACAUCUGGCCAGGUAAAGAAUUCAUGUUCAUCGCGAUCCCCUCCGCCGACAAAUCCUUCACCUGCACUCUCUUCGCGCCCGCCUGGUACUACGAGCAACUCAAAACCCGCUCUUCCCAAGACCUGCUCGAACUAUUCGACCACAACUUCCCCGGCGUCUGCCCGAACCUCAUUUCCCCGGAAGACCUAUCCGAACAAUUUACCACAAACCCACACCUCCCCCUAAUCAGCCUAAAAUGCAAACCCCACCACUACGGCUCCAGCGUCGUCAUUGUCGGUGACGCCGCCCACGCCGUCCUCCCAUUCUAUGGCCAAGGUCUCAACGCCGGUCUCGAGGACAUCCGCGUCCUGUUCAGCUUCCUCGACCAACACGGCGUCUACGACCAAACCACCAGCCUUGAAACCCGUAAAUCCGCCCGCCAAACAGCCCUCCGAGCAUACACCAACCAACGCACCGCCGACACCUACGCUAUUAACGACCUCUCCAAGCAAAACUACCUCGAGAUGCGCUGGGGCGUCAAAUCCCCCUUAUACAAGCUGCGCAAGUCCGUCGAGGAGACGCUAGACCGCUACGUGCCGAGUCUGGGCUGGCAGACGCAAUACUCCCGAGUCAGCUUCAGCAAUCAGCGAUACUCGGAAGUAAUCCAGGCAGUAAGCAGACAAGGCAGAUUACUGGGUCUUGGAUUCAGCUCUGCGUUGGUGUCGGGACUAGCGGCUGUCGGAAUCCUGAUGUGGAAAUGUCCAGAUCGGUUCUCGCUAACAUCUGUGCUGCGAACUUCUUGGCAGGGUGUGCGAGACCUUUGGGUGAAGACUUUCUGAUCAUGAGAUAUGGACUGAUCUAUGCAUAGUACAUAGCGCUGAUUCUGACGAGGGGUCGAUCUACCUCUGAUGUAAAGAUGUACAGUGAGUGAGUGAUUUGCAGACAAUGAAAACCAAACGUGUGUUUUUGAUCUUGAUUUGUCUGUUUCCAACCCGUAGUUUGUCACGUAAGACUGACUAAUUGACUGGUUGUACAAGAUGCAUAGGAUAUCUUUCAUCAGUGUCAGCUGGUGAUAGAUCGAGUUUGUCUUUGUUUUCCGUUUCCUAGGUUUGUGGUUCUGUGUCUUCAUUAAUGGUUUCGUUUUGUUCUUUCUUUUUCGUCGCUCCCUCUUUGAUGGGAUGAGGUCAUGUGUCUAGGGA